ACCGCACCUGAGCUGGGCUUCCCCCGACUCCCCGACCUUCGCGACUCCUUGACCUGUGGGGGGCCCGAGCGACAGCAAUAGGUCCGUCUAACUGUGGUCCAUUAAGAUAAGGUCACCAAUAAGACAGACCUAGCUCUGUUAUUCUUGUUCUUUCUUCCCCGCACUUUUUUGCGUUUCUUAAAAUGAAUGCAAGUUAGAGAAUUUUGUUGCUUUGCAACUGGAAACAGUUUUGGCAAAAAAAAAAAGCAGUAUCAUUAAUAAACAAAAAAGACUCAAACGACCAAAGAUACUAGUGCUGUCUACUCUCAUGCAAGAAGCAGGUUGCAGCAAAUACAUUGCUUAAUGUAUGCAAGUCACGCGGCAUUUUGAUAAGUCUUUUAUCAGCCCUCUCAGCCCUCUCAUUCAUCAAAACUUUCCGCAUAAUUUGUCAUCAAGGUAGACGUUAUGAGUAAACAGCUACCACCGAAGGCGACAAUCAUCGAUGUCUUUGGAGUUGGAGAUGGUAUAAUAGAUAACUUGCCAGCCUUAUACCACUCCUAUAAAGAUAGCGAGAAGACGAAGAACCGUACUGUCAUUGAUCCCACCGAUGACACUAGAGAGUUUAUAAGACAAGACUUAUCUCUCGGUGGUUUAUAUCCUAUGCUGAACCAUUUAUGGCUUGCGGGGAAUAAGCGCCCCACUGCACAAUUACAUUUACAGAUUGCUAUGGGUCGAGAUAUUGCUGUAUCCGAGCGAAUGGACUAUCACCUUCUUUGGACUGAUGGCAAGAUAAAUCUAAAACCAAUCCCUAGAUAUAUCCUAUCUUCCGGUUUCUGGGAAACAGCUCUACAGUGUCCACUAGAUUGCACAUGUAAAACCCAGAACACCGCAAGGAGUUGCAAUAGUAUACGUGGAGUGGCACUCGGCUUUCUCUAUACGUAUAUAUGCCUGAUAUCCUCAGAACUUGACUUUAGAAUCGCCAGCGAGAAGUAUCUACUGCCUCGAGAAGACGAUGGGACAACGAUCCGAUGGGCAAAAUGGAAAGAGUUCUCGAGAGAAUUUAUAAGAGACUACGAUCCAAAGAGGAUCCACCAACGCUUCCAUUACGCCGAGUUGCGCAUCUCCCGCCUCUUUCGUCUCCCCCCCUUCAACCCAUACGUAGCGGGCUGGCAUACUUAUCGUAGCUUCUUACGCACACACCUUUCCUGGAUAGCCACUGGUACUAUAUUUAUCGUUUUAAUAUUAACAGCAAUGCAAGUUGGUCUUGCCACGGACCGACUUCAGAGUAACGAGGGCUUUCAAUACGCGUCAUAUGUGUUUACGAUUUUCGCCGUUCUAGCUCCCAUAUGCGCAUUUGGGCUGGUGGUCUUGAGCGCGCUACUAAAUCUCUUAAUGGCUCUCCCCUGGUUUCUCACGUCAGCAAUUCAACAGCAGCAUAGUCUCUCAUCCCGCUCAACCAGUCAUUUAUCUUCCGCUGACGCCGAUAUUGCUGAUAGCAAUCUUAAAGGAACAUCUAACCAGAAGCUAAAUGCACCGGUCAGCGUUCAUGGUAAAAGCCGCGCAUCUUACUGGCUAUCUAGUAAUUCUGUAUAAGGCAAGGCAGUCGAUUGGUGAGGCUGAAUGAAGGUUUGUUAAAUAGCGCCGGUCUCGUGUGAUCAAAUCUACGGCUUGUAGGAAUUAACAGGCAAAAUAAUGACGAAUACCUACCUAAGGUGCUAUAACAUUUAAAUACUUGAAAAAGCCAAGAGAGUAUCGAUACAUCAG